GACAGGAACAGAACCCCGUACCUGGAGAGCGACGCAUGUAUUUGGAGGAUGAGUCCGGCUUUAAAGGCACUGAUGGAGGGGUGUAGAUACCCAGGGAAAAGCCAAAAAGGUGGAGUGAUGUUGGAACCGUUUGUUCACCAGGUCGGAGGCCAUUCAUGUGUACUGCGCUUUGGGGAGCAGACCAUCUGCAAGCCACUAAUCCCUCGAGAACAUCAGUUCUACAAGAGCCUGCCACCAGAGAUCCGCAGAUUCACGCCUCAGUACAAAGGGGUGGUAUCGGUGAGCUUUGAGGAGGAUGAGGAAGGGAACCUGUGUUUGAUCGCGUACCCUCUGCACAAUGAUCCAUCCGACCAGGAGAACACGGAACCCUUAGCUGACGGAGAACCCAAAAGCAAGCUGCUGAAGUGGAGUAAGAAGAAGCCGUCAGCCCUGCUAGAGAACGACAGGAUGAGACAUAGCCGCAAAGAAGAGAAGAGCAAAAGUAAUCGUGAGGAUCAAGCCGAGGUGCUGUACUACAGCCUGGAGAAAGGAAACAUGGCACCUCAGAUCAAGCACAACCCCUGGAGUCUGCAGUGCCACCAACAGCAUCUGCAGAGGAUGAGAGAGAACUCCAAGCACCGAAAUCAGCACAAGUUUAUUCUACUUGAGAACUUGACAUGGCGCUAUCGGGUUCCUUGUGUUCUUGAUCUGAAAAUGGGAACCCGGCAGCACGGUGAUGACGCGUCAGAAGAGAAGAAAGCCAACCAAAUCCGCAAAUGCCAGCAGAGCACAUCAUCCUCGAUAGGAGUCCGGCUCUGUGGGAUGCAGGUGUAUCACAGUGUGACGGGACAGCUGAUGUUCAUGAACAAGUACCACGGCCGUAAGUUGAGUCUGGCCGGCUUUAAAGAAGCCCUGUGUCAGUUCUUCAGUGACGGACGCGUUCUUCGCAGAGAACUCCUCUCUCCAGUUCUUCACCGGCUCAAAGAGAUGCGAGCCAUCCUCGAGGCCUGCGAGAGCUACCGCUUUUUCUCCUCUUCUCUCCUCAUCAUCUACGAUGGAGCACCAGCGCCUGCUCCUACCAGACCUCGACCAUCUCGUGGAGGAGAGGAGGAAGAUGAAGAGGAGGAGGACGAUGAGGAUGAGGAUGAGGAGGAAGGAGCGUACGGUGGCCGUUCCCAGCAUCAGGAUUGCUCCAGCGGAUCAGGAUCGACCUCUCCGUUGGUGGAUGUGAGGAUGAUCGAUUUUGCUCACACGACGUGCCGCGAUUACUGCGAGGACAGUGUCGUGCAUGAAGGCGGAGACAGUGGCUAUAUCUUCGGCCUGCAGAAUCUCAUUAGCAUUCUGUCGCAGCUUGAGGAGCACAGCAAUGAUUAAAUGCAGACAUGAUGAAACGUGUCAUUGCUGCACCGACCGCUAUGCUAGGCUUAUAGUGGAUACCCUGAUAAAGGUAACAGGGCUGAAGGCUAGGUUCCGAUCCCUCAGAGCUUUAAACACGCCCUGAAGAUGAGGCACCAGAGGAAGGGUCAAGAAAGGGUGGAAGGUCUUCAGGAGGUGAUGGGACUGAACUGCUCACACUUUUGCUGUUUUGUUGUUUUUUUUUUUAAGUGUGGUCCCUCUCUCCUCUAGUCAGUUCUACUUAUGUGAUAGACGGAUGGAGGUAGACCACGACCAUCUGGGUUCUGGCAGAUGUUUUCAUCUGUUCUUGCUCUGAAAUAGAAGCGAUCGGAGUAGGUUAUGGUAUCUAAACAAAAAAGAGACACUUCUCGCGCACACAUUCAUAUGUCGAAUGGGAUGCAGAUUUGUAGCAAAGCAACUUUUUUUUUAUCUUGAUAGCACAGUAAAGAAAAGCCAUUAUGAUACAAACACUUCACAGACAUCAAGGUGCUUUAUAAAUACCAUCAAGAUCAAGACCAAGAGAGAUUUAUUUAUACAUAAGAAAAGAAACGAAAGAGACUCGACUCUUUUUUUAUAUAAGGGAAUAAGAAAUCACAUGGGUGAUAAUCUAAUGGACUGAUUAAAUUAUUAAUGACACUUUACAACACUUGUUUAUCUUCGCACUUCAUUCCAUAGUUCACUAGUUGUGACAUAAGAUGCUAUAAACGAACUUUAUUUAUUGAUGAGCAUAUUUCUAAGAUGAACCUAAAAGGAUUAUAUGACAUUCCAUCCUACUGUACUGUCCUUUUAAUGUGAUAUUUAUAAGAAUUGAUACU